UCCAAACUCUUUACCCUCCUCCUCAGUAAACUGUGCUGGGCAUCGUUGCGCGUCAAAACAUUGCGUCUGUGCACGACUUGCCAGGGCCCAAAAGAACAAGAGACAAGAGACAAGAAGACGAGAGGACGUUUGCCCUAGACGAAGCACCAAGGAACCUUUAGGAUUGGCACUGCCACAAGGAAAACGAGGAGGUGCGACAUUUUUUAGGCUACGCGGAGGUGCCCUUUUCUCCCCCUCAAAGGUGUUUACCUCCCGACCCACCGCGCACCACGGCCCUCACCUGUGUGUUGCGGUGCUUCCCUUGUGAGCCGACCUGGGCCGGCAGUCCCUUUUUGCACCGCCCGCCAACUCCGCCCAUGGUCAGAAUGACGCGCUCCAAGACUUUUCAGGCUUACCUGCCGAGCUGCCACCGAACCUACAGCUGCAUCCACUGCCGGGCCCACCUGGCCAACCACGAUGAGCUCAUCUCCAAGUCGUUCCAGGGCAGCCAGGGCAGAGCCUACCUGUUCAACUCAGUGGUGAAUGUGGGGUGUGGUCCUGCAGAGGAGAGAGUUCUGCUCACAGGCCUCCAUGCUGUAGCAGAUAUCUACUGUGAGAACUGCAAGACCACGCUGGGCUGGAAAUAUGAACAUGCCUUUGAGAGCAGUCAGAAGUAUAAAGAGGGCAAGUUCAUCAUCGAGCUGGCCCACAUGAUCAAGGACAACGGCUGGGACUGAGCGACAAGCUCGCCGGGACACGACCGCAGUGGAAGGGGAUGGGGUUGGGUGAUUGGAU